AUGCACGGCGCGCUCCUCGUAUUGGCUAGAAUUCUAUCGAUUUCUGAUCGACUCCUCAAACAAGCAAUGGAGAUGAUGACAAACGCGUCAGGCAUAUUAGCGGACAAGCUUUCACCGGGCAAGGAAGGGCUUGACCUUGCAGCUCUAGGUCGCUAUUUCCGCCUCAACGUACCUCAGGGCAUGGAGUAUCUGAAAAUGGGCGAUUCCAAGCACAUGAAUAAGAUGAAGGUAUUGACGCUUACUUGGGGAAUUCCGGUAACGGAGACGGCGUUGCGAGAUAUCAUCACUUCAAUCAACCGGGGCAAGGUUCGAGCCAAAGCAGAAUGGCUCAUUGGUAUUCUAGGCCAAUCGAUCCAGCUACUCCUGAUGAGUCACGUUCUGUCUUCACGGAUGCUGAUUCGCUGA